AUGCCUACUUCGGGCGGCAAAUCAUGGACGGCAAACAUUGCCAACGAUGAGACGAGCAUUGCGGCGGCCUCACUUUUGCGUCUGCUUGGCGGCGUUGCAGUUGCUACCAAUGCAGAUAAUGAAAAUGUUCAACCGCUAGCCCAGUGGCUACGACACUAUUCAACAUCGGCCCAUGAUUUCGCUCUCCCCAUUGGCAAAUGGUGGACGGCAUUUACAUUCAGCUCCGAGAACAACAAACCAGGUAUCCACCAGCUUGCCCAAGUUACUCUAGCAGUUGCGUUGCUUCAAGAAAAGGCACGGCGCGGACUGGAGGUAGAUGCAGCGAGCCUCGAUAUCAUCUGGGGCCUGAUCCACGAAGCGAUAGUCGGUGCGCAAGAAACCAAGCUUCAGUUCCUCGUUUCCCGGAAUGCCCAGGGGUUUCUGGCUGUCCCGCUCUGCAGUCUGAUCCAAGAGGGACGCAUCGAGGAACUAUGGCGGCUGCACACCUGGCUGCCUGAUGGGCAACGGGGCGACCCUGAAGUUCGUAUUCACGCCCACCAGCCAUUCGGACAGAGUUGGUCAUUACUUGGAUCUGGCACGAACUGUGAAUUCAAAGUGGACAGCCCUGAUGAUGCCUCAUUGACCACCCAUGCAGCUUAUGAAUGUUGCUAUACCUAUACCGGCGAACAUGACUCGCGAACCGGGCCAGGAUUUCUUCAAAUGAGGUCAACCAUCAGAAGCACUGGAAGACUCGUGAGAGUAACUCCGGUCAGCCGUGAACUGCACACGCGUGACAUGAGUUACAGCGUUCCGGCGGGUGCGUACCACCAAUCAACUGUAUCCGGCAGCAGGAUGCAUGCCACGCUCUUCGUUUUCGAUGCGCACCGCGGCUACGACGAUAACGCUGCCGUCCUUGGUCCGAAGGAUGGUAAUGGCCUGGCAGAAUCAGGAGACGCGGACGGUAUCACGCCCCAAGCUCUGGCGCGAACUGUGGACGCAGUUCGAGAUUGGGAGAAAGAGCAAGAAGUCAUGCUUGGAGGGAAUGAUGAGCAUCCUACUGUGAUUGGGUAUUAUAGGUUCUUCUGUGGUUCAGGACUCCUGCAGGCUGGGCGACGAGAAGACGCGUUGCAGUACUUCAAUCCCCCCAAGGGAGGCACACCUGCGCACGCGUUCGCUCGGGAGCCCUCUCAGCAGCACCGUGCAUACAUCAAGACGCUCAUUGAAGCAGGAGCUGACUUGGGCCUAGUGGAUGAAGCUGGCUUCACGGCAUUGGACUAUGCCGUGCAAAACGGAGAUGCUGAGACGGAGGCACUCCUCUGUGGCCAGCCGUCGGCAAAAGCGCGAGCGUAG